CUCUGUAGUUUCUCAGUCAGAUCGCGCAGCUUGGCGCGAUAUUAUCCUUCUUUAUACGUUCAACGUUUAAUCAGCGUUUGGCUGCGUGAUCGCGAUAAUUUACAUUUUAGCUAAUUUGAAAUUUUUAUUAAGUCUAUCACAAGUAAAAAUAAUUUUUAAUUAUUCGUUUUUAUUUGUUUAAUUAUUGUGUCCGCAUUUUCGCGAACGUUCGCGCAAACAUCACCCGUUUAAGUAAUAAUAAUAAUUGCGUUAAGGAUUGUCGUCGCCCAGUAGAGAGGAAUGAAAAUAUUAAACAACAUCAUGCCGACCAAGCCUAAGGGAAAACCCAAAGCCAAUUCUAAAGAGGCUUUAGAUGUCGAAGUUGGAUCUAUCCAUGAAGAACUUGAAGUACCUGUGGCCUCGGAGCUGGUGUUCCGGAAAAUAUGGAAAAUCAAACGGUUCCUUCAUACCAUCAAAAAGAGGGAUCUGUUGGAUAGUCCUGAAUUUCGGUGCUCUGUAAACGGGGUCACCACUUUUUGGAAUAUAGCUGUCAGAUUUUGGAAAGGUGCAAAUGGUAAAAAAGUAACCAACCCCCUGGUAAUAUGUCUUAACCUAACGGGCUGCGAAACCGAGGAAACCGGUCAGGCAAGAGUAAGAUUCCAAUUUGGAAUAUGGGACGCCAACAUAAAACACUGGGAAUGCUGUCCCAUUUCCAGUGUUGUGUUAAACUUACAAAACACCAAAGAACUUCUUUCUGUUGGCUAUAAAAGUUUGGGAAUCAUGGACAGGCAUAUAGAUGCUGAUAAAGAUGUUAAGAUAAUGGUAAAGAUUCAGAUCAUUCAAAGUGAUGAAGAGGUGCAUAGUUUAUCCCAAGACAUGGCUAGGCUGCAGAUGGAGGAAAGAAGUAAAGACACGCUCAUCGAAUGCUAUUGUGAUAAAGAAAACAAGGACUGCCAGAAGACUCCUCUGAAGGCUCAUAGUUGGAUUAUUAGAACAAGAAGUGAAAAACUUGCGAAAAGACUGGAAGAACAUAGUGAUGAUAAACAUAAGGGCAUCAAAUAUCUUCUCUCUCUACCAGAAUACUCAUACGGAGUAGUUAAUGAACUUCUUAGAUAUAUUUACACUGACAAAGUGGAUCAUGCUGAUCGAUAUGCAUCAAAACUUCUACCAAUUAGUAUGAUUUAUAACCUGCAAGGCCUUAAGGGGCUGUGCGAACGUCAUCUGAUAGAAAGCUUAACUCCUAGCAAUGUCGCGAAUAUUCUUUUGCUUGCUGACCAAUGUAGAUGUGAAAAUUUGAGAAAAGCUGCUCUGCAUUAUUGCGAAGAUAGCGAGGAGAUUAAGGGAAAUGUUCAUAUGGGUAAGACACUUGCCUGGAGAGUAAUGGAAAUGGUGAACCCGGAUCUAUUUAUGGAGGCAUGUGAAAGUAUAGGAAGCUCAUCAAGUAAUUUAGAUAGCCCUGGAACUCCUGGAGGCUCAUGGAGUGACUGAAGUACCUGAAUGUAUUAUUAAAACUAGGGAGAAAGUACAAAAUAUUUUUGUAUGUAACUUAAUCUAUGUUUAUGUUAGAUAUAUUUUUUAUUACUCAGAUAAUUAUUAAUGCAUUUCAGAUUUCUUGUUGCUUCUGCUUUGCAUUUGUUUAUCUCUAAAUAAAAACAAUGUCUUUUAAACAAAUAAAAUUAUAUUAGAAUACUUAUUAUGUCUGCUAGAUAGGUAUUAUUAAAAUUUUAAUUAAUUUUUAUGUAGGUAGCUGGUAUAAGCUAAUUAUAAUAAUAUGAUAAAUAAAUAAAUAUUUAUUUAUUUAUAAUUUAGUUGAAAAUAUGUAUAUAUUCAUAAUGUUUCAUCUUGCUUUUGUACACAAUAUUUUUAACUUUUUUUGUAAUUCUUUCUAUUUAUUUUAUCUGUAACUGUGUUUAUUAUUUUUUUAG